GACCCCUGAUUCUUAAUGCUUCAUUUCUCGAGCUCUUCAACCAUAUCCCAUAUAUAUAACACCCCAGUUUCACUCAUCUUUUCCUCGAAGUUUCUGGUGCUUUUGCUUCAUUUGAAUCGCCAGAAAAGAAACUCAGAAGAAAGGUAAAGAGGAAAGAUAUGGCAUGCUUUGUGCCUUUCAACAACAGGAACUUGGAUAUAAGUAUCUUUGUGUUUAGGCCAACAGUAGUACACGUUGAGGAGCUUCUUGUUGGGCUAAAGCAAUUCUCUCUGUGCACUGAGACUCUUGGUUGUGUACAGAGUUCUAUCUUGCAGAGCAUCCAUGGAAAUAUGAUCAUAUGGUUUGGAGCAUGGCUGAAGAGAUCUUCUGAAAAUAAGGAAUCACUGACUGCAAGCCUUCUCUCAAUGCUCUCCAACCUAGCAACAAAGGCGAUCUUAGUCGAUCAUACCUUCUUCGAUGCCUACGCAGGAGAAUCAAGAGAGGGAUCUUGUGCGGCAAAAUUCUGCACCGGAGACACAGUCUCAAUGAGUGUAGCAUCCUUCAAUGGUGCCGGUGAUGUUAUAGCCGAUGUCUCUUAUGCAUGCUUGGCUCUCUUCAAGUCUGGUUUCCACAAGAUGGAAGGUGUGAGAUCUGGGGUUUGUAUGAAGUGCCAAACCAAGCCGAGCAUUGCUUCUUUCUAUGUAUGGAAGUCUCUUCAAUAUUGCUACUCGUGGAUUCUAAGCUCGGACCAAAGAAAAAUACUGCUCCCUUAUUUCGAAAGCUACUCUAUUGAUGUUAAGUAUGACAUUUUUCGAGUGGUUUAUGUGAGUGGUGAUAGUGAACCUGAGUUUCCGUUCUUCUAUCCUCAUCAAAUAUUGGAGAAAACAGCCGGAGGAGAAAGCAAAGAUGAAGGUAAGGUUAUGCACAGUGCUCCCAUCAUCUGAUCAAGCUAGUACUGUAGUAAAUUUUCCACGCACGUACUUAUUAUUCUGUAGUAAAAUCUGCAUUAUGUAUAUUUAUAAAUUUUGAUUAGAACCGUUAUUAUAUACUAUAGCAUACCAGAAAUUUAGACCUAGUGCAUGUCCAGAAAUUU